UAGUUUCUCACUUUAGUUCCGUAUUAGUUUUUGUUUGCAUGUGGCGACUUAAGUUUUUAGAAAUAUACAUUUAAAUAGUUCGUAUGAUGCGCAGCUUGUUUUCGGAUCGCUACAACAACAAACGCCGCGACUUUUACGAACGUUACGAAGCGGCUAGAGAGCUCCAUCCCAGUUUGCCCCCCUACGAGCGACCGGCGGAACCAGCCGAGCUGCAGGUCUUCAACCCGGACACCACUCGACGACGCUAUCCGUCCCACCGCCAGCUGGCCAAGCUGACGCGGGAGCAACUGGACAACGACACCUGGCUGUCCAGCAGCCGACUGUCCAUUGUGGUGCGCCGCGACAUCGAGGGAAGAAACCACAAGGUCCUGAUGCCCCGCUACAAUCCGGAAAAGGCCACCCAUGAGUUCAGCCACAAUGGCAGGGCACGACGUGGUCGUCCUCCAACGGCCGCCACUGUAGCCAAAUUCGCAUCAGAUUUUGCGGUUCAAGUCGGUGGAAUUCGCCCUCCUGCGCCCGCUGACGAUGACAGUUCUUCUUCGUCGUCGGAAGAGGAGGAGCUCAAAGUGGAAGAGUCCCCCAAGGAAUCGGAAGACACGGAUAGUGAGGGGCCUGAAUCGAAGGCAGCGGUGACCAGGACAAGAUCAAUGAGGAAAUCCAAGAAUUCGAAUAGUAACUCAAGCCAAACCGUAAACCAGAACAUUAACCAGAACGUUAACCAGAAUACUUUUAUUUGCCCAAUAGAAAGCUGCAAGCAAAACUUUAUACUACGCCACACUUUGUACAAGCAUCAGCGCGUGGCCGGGCACCACAGCUGGUCACACAAGUGCGCAAAGUGUGGCCAGGUCUUCCGCACAGCGGGCUUUAAACGCAUGCACGCCCCCAGAGCCUGCGAGCGCAAUGUGCUGAAGCUCAGAAUCUCGAAACCGAAUGAAGUUAAGCAACUUGGGCAAAGAACAAUGCCAGAAUAAAUCUGUCCUACCUCUCUCACUUUUACUGCCAUUCUGUUACACGGUGAAAAAAUAUUGUGAUAGAACAUUAAAGUGUAAUGCAUGUAAAUAUAG